CCAGUUCUCGCGAGGUUUCGCCCUGGGAGGGAGGCAGAGACGGCUCCGCGGCGGGUGCGAGAUGCGCUCAGAGAAGGAGGGGGCCGGAGGCCCAGGGGCUGCCGUUGCUGCGCGGGGCCCGAGCGGGAGGGAGAAGCCGUCGGCCGUGGAAGUCCAGUUCCGCCGGGAGUCGCCGCGGCGAGAACCCGAGGCGCCACCAGCCUCGUUCUUCGUUUGCGGGGACGGCAUUUGCAAACAUCGCGAGGAGAAGAAAACGGUCCUGAGCAAGGUGGUCAUCCGGCGGCUUCCUCCCAGCCUCACCAAGGAGCAGCUGGAAGAGCAGCUACACCCACUGCCGGCACAUGAUUACUUUGAGUUCUUUACUGCCGAUUUCAGUCUUUAUCCUCAUCUCUACUCAAGAGCAUACAUUAAUUUUAGAAAUCCUGAUGACAUCCUUCUUUUUAGAGAUCGUUUUGAUGGAUAUAUCUUCAUUGACAGUAAAGGCCUAGAAUAUCCUGCAGUGGUAGAGUUUGCCCCAUUCCAGAAGAUAGCCAAAAAGAAGCUAAAGAAAAAAGAUGCCAAAACCGGAAGCAUUGAAGAUGAUCCGGAAUACAAGAAGUUUUUGGAAACUUACUGUGUGGAGGAAGAGAAAACGAAUGCCAAUCCUGAAACUCUUCUGGGAGACAUGGAGGCAAAGACAAGAGAGCUUAUUGCUAGAAGAGCCACACCUCUUUUGGAAUAUAUUAGAAAUAGAAAAUUAGAGAAGCAGAGGAUUCGAGAAGAGAAGCGAGAAGAGCGAAGGAGGAGGGAGCUGGAGAAGAAGCGCUUGCGGGAAGAAGAAAAGAGAAAAAAGAGAGACGAGGAGAGGUGUAAGAGAAAAGAAGCAGACAAACAGAAGAGAACAGCAGAGAGAGAAGUAAGGAUUAAGCUUCUUAAGAAACCAGAAAAGGGAGAGGAACCAACCACUGAGAAGCCAAAAGAAAGAGGAGAGGAAAUGGAUACUAGAGAUGGAGAACAGGAGUCCUGUCCUGGCUGUGCUGUCCGGAAGCCCAUGCCCUUGGGGAGCUCGCUGGAGGAGCCCAGGGAAAAGUCACAGAAUGAGAGCAAUGAAGAGCAAAGGGAGUUGGACCGAAGAUUCAGAGAAAAAGACCCUGAAACACAAAGAUGCCACUUGGAUGACAGUAGAAAGCAGAGAGCUCACUGUGAGUUUGACACGUUUUCGCGGAGAAAUGAGGAGGAGCUGAGAUGGGGGAAAGGAGGCCCCCCCGACAGAGGGAAGAAGGGGAGCCAGGACAGUGGCAACACUGUGGAGGCAGCAGAGCGGCCCGGGAAAGAGCGGAGGAGUGAAGGUGGCCCAGCAGCCAAAAUGGAGCGCCCAGGAAACAAGGGCAGGCAAAACCACAGGCAAGAGGAGAGCCUUCUUCACCCCUGGCUAAUCAUAUCUGUGUCACCCAGGGGUUUCUCUAGUUUCCUUAAUCUCAGGAUCGGCCGGCCUUGCAGCUGUACCAGCCAAGAGUUCGCAUCCGAGCACGAGAAGGUGGUAGGGGAACCUCUGUGGAGUGCCCUGGCAGGAACAAGGAUGAGGCUGAAGAUUCAGCACAGGGGGGUUCCCAGAAGAGCGAAGAGGCGGGGAAAGGAACCUAUCUAUAAAAUGAAGAGGCAGCCUAUGGAGAGGAAGAAGAUAUCUUCAAACAACACACCUAAUAAGGGGUUAAUAUCCAAAAUAUGGAAAGAAUUCAUAACAACUCAAUAGCAAAAAAAACCCAAAUUACCCAAUUAAAAAAGAAAAAGGAGCAAAAGACCUGAAUAGACAUUUUUCCAAAGAAGACAUCCAGAUAGCCAACAGGUGCGUGAAAAGGUGCUCAGCAUCACUCAUCACCAGGGAAAUACAAAUCAAAACCACAAUGAGAUACCACCUCACACCUGUCAGAGUGGGUAAAAUAAAAAAGACGAGAGCAAGUCUUGGCAAGGAUGUGAAGGAAAGGGAACCCUCAUGCAGCGUUGGUCGGAAUGCCAAAUGUUAGAGCCACUAUGGUUUGCCAGCGUGGAGGUUCCUCAAGAAAUUAAAAAUAUAACUACCAUAUGAUCCAUCAGUGCCACUGUGGGCAUAGAUCCAAAGGGAAUUGGAAGCACUACCUCGAAGAGAUAUCUGUUCACAUGGUUGUCACAGAUUAUUCACAGUAGCCAAGGUGUGGAAACAGCCUUAGUGUCCACUAUGGGUGAAUGGAUAAAAAAAAUGAAAUGAAUAUUAUGCAGCCUUAAAAAAGGAAACCCUGCCAUUUUCAACAACAUGGAUGAACUUGGAGAGCAUUAUACUAAGUGAAGUAAGCCAGACAGAAAAAGACAAAUACUGCCUGCUAUCCCUUAUAUAUGUACAGCCUAAAAAAAAAAAAAGUCAAACUCAUAGAAACAGAGUAAAAUGGUGGCUGCCAGGGACUAGGGCAUGAGGGAAAUAGGGAGAGGUUAGUGAAGUUCUGUUAUUCAGUUAUAAGAUUAAUAGGUCAAGGGUCUAAUGUAUAACAUAGUGACAGUAGUUAAUACUGUAUUGUAUAACUGGAAUUUGCUAAGACAGAAUUUUCUCACCAAAAAGAAGUAAAUAUGUGAGGUGCUAUUUAUUACUCAGUGUGAAUCCUUUCAUAAUGUAUGCAUUUUACCAAUCGGUAUGUUGUAUGCUUUAAAUAUAUAUUAUAAAUUUACUUGUCAAUUAUACCUCCAUGAGGCUGGAAAAUAAGUAAAUCAAAAGUAGCUACAUCCU